AUGAAGGCCUUCAGCUUCUUGCCCCUUCUCGCCAUUGCCUCUUCUGUCCAAGCCUGGGACAUCUACUUCUAUGAAGGGACAGCCUGCAAGACUGCCAAGAACGUCGCUGCCUAUGGCGAUAGUAAGGCCAUGAGUUGCCAAAACCUUGGGGACGCCUCUAUCAAGUCCGUCAAGGCUGUCUUCAACGAUGACAAAUUUAAAAUUUUGGUUUAUUCUAAGGAAGAUUGCACCACCUCCGGUUAUUACAAUGAGCCUGCAACCAAACAAUGCGAGACGACUGGAGAGCUUUUUGCCUAUCCAUCGGAGGCCUUCAAGUCGUUCAAGGUCGGUUGA